AACUAAAGCGUCCUGCUGUUUCAUAUAGUGAGUUGGGAUAAGCAUGAACUAUUUCAUAAAGCUCGAUACAACUACACGACGACGUAAUGAUAUGCUUAAGCAAACAAAACAGAAUCCAAACUAAUCCAAGCCGGCUAACGUGGCUAAACGAACAUAGCUUCUUAAUUACCACAAUCAUAGAUCACUUUGGAAUAUAAAUCAGUGAACUUUUGAUGGCAAACUUAUGAUAACCUUGGAAAUAUGGCUACAAGAAAAGACCAUCAUCAUCACCACCACAACAAACUGAAACAUUUCAAAACGCCAGUGGAUUGGCAACUAUUGGAAAAAGUAGGGGACGGCAGUUUCGGUGCCGUAUACAAAUUGAAAAACGUAAAGUCAGGACAUUUGGCGGCAGUAAAAGUGAUCGGUGGUUUCCAAGAGCGAACCAUCGAGGAUGUAUUACAUGAAAUGGAUAUCCUUAAGAAACUGUCAAAUCAACCUAAUGUCGUACAGUUCAUUGGUGCGUUUAAAUUCAAGUCCAAAUCAUACGGCGAUCAACUCUGGCUGGUGAUGGAGGUUAGUUGGUUUAAACAUCAACCAAAAUAAAUAAAUUUGAAGGCUGUAUCAUUAUAGAGUUAGGAAAUAAUUUCAUGUAUUUUUGAAUUGUUUCCCGGCCCAGGUCUUGACUACUGACAAGUAAAAUUGUUUGGCGUUAGACAGAGUAAAUAUACUAAAUCACGUUGCCGUGGUUUUUAAUACGACCUGAAAAAGAUUUUAAACACUUGACAGACCCAGGCUAACGAGUUUCUGACGAAUUAAGGGCUUCGUGGGAGACUCUGUUGAGUUUCUAUUCUUUUUCACGUAGUUCAAAAAACAAACCACGACAGUUUAAUGUUGAAUACUACCUACACUAGACCACCACGAUUGAGAUAUCUUUUUCGGGUAGUUCUGACACAAACCACGGCAGCUUAUUGUACAUUACUACCCAUGCAUCCACUGGACACCACGAUUGAGAUACUAUGUCUUUCAGGUACUAGUUCAGACACAAACUACGACAGCUUCAUGUAGAAUAUUACCUAUACACUGGCACGACGUUUGAGAUAUAUAAUGACAGGAAAAUAGUCUGGGAUUUAAAUAGAGCAAAUAUGACUAUGUCAUUGUAUUGUAUAUUAUUCGUAAUGGUCAGUUCAUGAACAUAGUUAAAUCUUUCGUCAGAGACAGUAGUACUAGGAACAUCCCUUCAAAGAUUUGUGUUGAGGAUGUUUAACCCUUUUGCAUGCACUUGAGAGUUCCCCCAACUGACAUGCAAGUAAAAUCUUCUGGUGUUAACAGAGUAAAAUACUAAACUACUCAAGCAAUGAUAUCUCAUUUCAAUGUAGUUAGUUUAAAACACGAACCACAGCAUUUUUACUGUAACUAGAAAAGCAACAAUCGCUCGAAACCAAACUGUAAUGGUUCAAAAGAUUUAAAGAUUAAGUUUUCGUGUCACAGAAUGCAAAGUUGCCAAACAUUUUUCGGUGUUGUUCCCAGUUGCUAGGAGUAUUUAGUUAAAAAACGGAAUAUGUGACGCAAAUAUUAACACAUAUAAUGAAAAGGCAUAUUCUGAUUUGCAAAUUUUCGCUAGCUGAUUAAAGACUAUCUACACAAUCGUAUUAGUAAUGUUGACAUUUUUCAUAAAAGUGGCGGCUAGGAAAGCCGAUUGAGAAAAAAUCACAUAAAAUAAACGAAUACUAAAUUUUAAAAUCAAACAAUCAUGCAUAUAUUCUGUUUGGUUCUGACAGAAGGAUUAUAAGUCUUUCAGUUAAUGGAAAUCCUAUAAGUUUGGCAUCCAUAAGACUUUGGAAUGAACUACUUGUAAUGAAAACCUAUAAGACUUGUUACCGGCUAUUAGUUUUUAACUGGACUUUUUAAAGCUCACAGUUACAACGUCAUGCAUGAGAUUCAAUCCUACCAUUGUUAAGUAAGAUCCACUUGCCGGUUUAUGGAUUUAGUUGAGCAUUUUUUAAGCAGUUGCAUAUAAUAGGUCUUCCCACGCAGCAAUAUGAUAACCUUAGGUAUAACGUAACAGUUAUAUUCGAUAGACUUUACACAACAAAUUAACCAUGCAUGAUUGCAUGACCAUGGUAACCAGAAAACGAGAUGUGCUUACAUAACAGCUCAACAAGGAUUACAGGUAGUUAAGGAGCUAGAGGUAAAGCUUGCUCCUACGCAUCGUGAUAACCUAGCCUAGUCCCAAGCCUUCCUGCGUGACUGGAUCGAUUUUGAGAGAAGGUCUAUAGCAAAAUUCGUAACUUGGUCUUAGUCCUAAAUUCAUAAAGUAACCUUACCCGAACUGCCAGCACAUCAUGUAUUUUCUUCCAUAUCAAAAUAUCUUCAUUGUUCAUCCCAAAGGCUAAAGUUGUACAAAAAUAUCGAUGUAAAUAUGUUGAACCUAGGGCCACUCGAAGGGCAAGAAUUGUACCAAGAAGGGAAGAUUUGCGAAUUGUGCUAGGCCUUUUCGUUUCGCGUCUCUUCCCAGCGCGCCUAGCAUCGCGAAAGGCAGGAACUAUAGACUGGUAUAAAAAUAUAUGAAAUUGCUGUAUUUAAAUCUGAGGGUACAUUUAAAUUGCUGUGUGCCUGUGGAAAUUGAGCCGCUUCUUCUAUUUAUUCCAGUUAUGCCGCGGAGGAUCCGUCACAGCGCUGGUGAAACGAUUGAUCCGCGCAGGUUCUUGCUUGUCCGAAGAUCUGAUCGCAUUCAUUAUCCACGAAACAUUGAAGGUACCCAAAGGCCGGUUUACCCUUGCUACGAUUUUCUUCUCCUGAUGGAUGUGAACGAGUGGAUGAGUCAUGAAUGUUCAGAUGAGGGUACAUAUACUCAGAGCAUUCAUAAGUCUUCGACUCGUUCACAUCCAUCAAAAGUAGAAAAUCGCACUACAAAUUUUCAGCAAAAAUUGCAAGUGCAAACGGGCUUUAAAACUAGACUAGCCGAAUAAAACUGGUCUUAUUUUAGAAAGAGGUGUCCUUUGUUGUAAAAUCAUCUUUAACAGAUGAGAUUCACUGAGCGUUCUUUAGGAACCGAUUUGAGAUUGUAAUCAACUUUAUCACUGUCGACACUCUUAGGAGCAAAUAAAUCUUUCUCUUUUGAUGGACAAGGGCAUGAACAUAUCAUGAGCGUACAUUUGCUGAUGAAGUGUAAUUCUGCAACAUACCUUUGUGUUUAACAGGGUUUGGAAGUCCUUCAUGAGAAAAAUGUGAUGCAUCGUGAUAUCAAAGGAGCAAACAUCCUCCUGACGAGCAACGCAGGUGUCAAACUUGUCGACUUUGGUGAGUCAAGCUGAAGAAAAAAUGAUAAAAAUGAGUUUCUGGCCAUUCCUUCGUGGGAUGUUGGUAUCUGAGGUGUCUUUCAUCUCUGCGGUUGAGACUACUGAAUAGUCUAGAACUGAUAGAAUCCAGUAUAAAUAAAGUUAGUUUAUGAAUGUUAUGUGUAUUUAUAGGAGUAUCGGCGCUGUUAUCUAACUCUGGAGCAAGAAAACGUUCAUCAGUUGGAACGCCAUAUUGGAUGUCACCCGAGGU